UUUUUUUCCACAAUCAGUCAACCCCGUCUCCCUCGCACACAACACUAAAUGUUAAAGCGCUAUCAGUCCCGUCGGUCGGUCCUCCUCGGCGUCGGACGAAACGACUGAAUUCCGGUCCGGAGCUGCGUUUUUUCCAAAAUCACUGCAGUCGUCCCGCUCGAGGCGUUACAUCAUUUUACGCGGAUUACCGUUCAGCAAUCACUGUAAGUGCGAUCACGCACACUGACGACAACACGGAAACGGUCCCACGUUUUUGUCACUCCCGUUUCAAUUUUGGAAUGACCAGUGGUACACGGCGUUCAUCAUGACUGUUGACUUUUGUGAUUAUUUCUGGGGUGAAAAAAAUAAUGGAUUUGACAUUUUGUACCAUAAUAUGAAACAUGGGUUGAUUGCUAAUAAGGAUCUAUCAGAUUUUUUAAGAGAAAGGACUAACAUUGAAGAAACAUGUUCAAAAUUACUUGCAAAGUUAGCUAAACAAACAAGUAGUAGUUCAAAUACAGGAACAUUCAAUCCUUUAUGGCAAUUACUUCGUUUAUCUAUUGAGAAACUAACCACAAUACAUAUGCAGAUGGUACAUAAAGUUUGUGAAUUAGUAAAGGACGUUACUAAAUACACCGAUGAAUUGCACAAAAAACAUAAAACUGUUAAAGAAGAACAAAGUGGAACCUUAGAUGCAGUACAAGCCAUUCAGUCAACCACAUUGGCCUUACAAAAAGCUAAAGAUAUUUAUUUACAAAAAGGUGGAGAAUUAGAUAAACUCAGAAAAGAUAAUGCCUCUGCCAAGGAAAUUGAAAAAGCCGAAGUAAAAUUAAAAAAAGCUCAAGAUGAUUACAAAGUAUUAGUUGAAAAAUAUAGUAAUGUAAAAGAAGAAUUUGAAAAAAAAAUGAAUAUAGCGUGCAAGCUUUUUCAAGAAGUUGAACAAUCACAUCUGAAACAAAUGAAAGAUUUUCUCAAUAUCUAUACAGAGCUAAUUGAAACUAAUCAUGAAGAAAUCGGAAAGGUACAUGUUGAAUUCAAAAAACAAUGUUUAGAAAUGACUGUGGACAAAUUAUUGGAGCAAUUUGUUUUAACAAAAUAUACAGGAUUAGAAAAACCAGAAAACAUCGAAUUUGAAGAAGUUUGUCUGAAUAGCACUACUAGUAGUUUGAAUCAGGUUCCGGACUCGUCAAGCGAUUCAAAAUCAAUUCAAGGAACCAAUUCACCAGUCUUUACGAGUACACCACAAAAUUCAUGUGCAGCUAGUGUAGCGUCUGAAAAGCCUUCUUCGGCAAAACGUGAAGGUAAUUGCCGUGUAAGGGACAAGAAAGAUGCUACCAAUUACCAGUCCUCCAGAGCAACAUCCUUACUCAAUAUCUUCAUCUCCAACUCCCAUGGUGCUUUUUCAAAAUCAAACAGAACUGUGAGUUUAAGUGCUGAUCACACAGCUUAUUCACUUCCUCAGAAUUCUAUUCGUGGAUCAAAAUGGUUUUUAAGAAGUAGAAGAGACAAACGUAAAGAAAAGAAAACAAAAAAGAAAAAGGAUUCUGGUAGUGAAACAAUUGGCAAAGAAGAUAAAUCUGACAAUGAAGAAAAAGAAGAAGAGUCGAAGAAUUGUGCUCCAGAAAUAGAUGAUGAAGGAUAUUGUAUUCAGCCAUCCGGACAAUGGACUGUUGACAAAGAAGAGACAUUUGAUUCUUCUUCAGAUUCAGAUGAAGAAAGAGAUAAAAGACUACAUGUUGAGAUAAAACCAUUAAGCAAUGGGGCAGGUCCAAUCAGUGCAAGUGUUGAUGAAUUAAGAGCCACUGUUGAAAACAUAUCGUUAUUACCUUUAGGAACACAUACUUUAAAGAAUCGGCGAGGAUCAGUUAAUGAUGAUGGUACCAUGAAACGUUCUAAAUCUGUUUCUCAACAAUUGAAUUCUGCGAAAAUAAGUAAUGAUCUGAUAGGACUAAAUUUGUUUCAACCCAGCGAGUCCACUCCAAACCCAGUUCAGCAGAGUAAUUCAUUGAAUAGUCCUACAUUAUCUUUAACUAAUAAAUCCAUUUCUCCGCCAAAUGUUUUUCCUGUGGUUUCAAGAUAUGCUGCAGACCUAGGUGAUUUGUUUUUUGAUGUUGGAGAUGCUCAACAGUCUACUCCAAAACAGGGGCCUCCAUCAACCACUCCUCCAGUGUGUUCUAUUUCUAUUCCUCGUCCUCCUUCAAGACGUGAGAACAAUGGACCUCGUAAUCAACUUAGUCCAAUAAGUAUUGGUAGAACAGACAGUGUGUCAAGCCUUGAUUAUCGAUCUUCCGGAGUUUUAGGACCAUCCAGAGGACCAUCACCAUUAACAAUUGGAUUAUGUGAUUCUAUUCCACUGGCAGUUGCGUUUCAUGAAAUAAUCCAUGCAUAUUUCAAAGGAUCAAAUGAAUCAAGAUGUCAAGUAAAAAUGUUUGGAGAUAUGAUGGUAUCAUUCCCUGCGGGUAUUGCAAAUAUUUUAGCAAAUAAUCCUAAUCCAGCAAAAUUAUCAUUUCGUUUGAAGAACACUGCUCGGGUAGAAAAUAUUCUUCCAAACAAACAAUUAGUUAUAACUGAUAGUCCAUUUACAUCUACUGAGUCAACUGUUUAUGAGUUCAAUAUGCCUGCUCUAACUUCAUUAUUACGCAAACAAUUUGAGCAAAAUCCUUCUGCAUCUUAUUUUAAUGUUGAUAUCCUUAAAUAUCAAGUAAAAUUACACAAUACUGCAGCCGCUUCAUGUCCGUUCCAAUUAGUUUCAUUUUACAAAUGCAGUAAUACUUAUACAGAUCUUAAGAUUGGUUACAAGUUUAAUAGUCACUCCAUGAGUGUUCCUUCCCCUUUGCUGAAUGUUACUGUUUCUGCUAAUUUAAAUUCAGCCAUACGUAAUAUGCAGUCCAAACCAACUGCACAAUGGGCACCAGAUACCAAAACAGUAAGCUGGAGGUUUGCAGAACUUGCUCAAUAUUCUGAAAGUCAAGGUUCUGGUUCACUAAAAGCAAGAUUUGAGGUUGAUAGCUUAUGCCCUAUAUCAACAAUAGUAACUCAGUUUAACUGUGAGGGUACUACAUUGUCUGGAGUAGAAUUUGAACUAGCGAGCAGUGGUUAUAGAGUAUCGUUGAUCAAAAGACGUUUUGUUGCUGGUAAAUAUAUAUGUGAUGGUGAACCAGAUCCCAAAAGUUCUACUCAACAUUCCACUGUGUCAUCAGAUUGUUAAUUAUCAGUUACUUUAUUAUUUGUUUUUAUUUAUAUUUUUUAUAUUAUUUAAACUCGAGUAUUAUAAUCUCAACAUAUAUUUUUUGUUGACAAUGUUUUUCUUUGAUUUAUCAGAACACAUCUUUUAUUUUCAUAAAAUAAUUAACACUAUACAAAUUAACUUCACCUUUAAAUUAUUUUAUCAUAUUCUUUUAAUUCAAAAUUAUAAGUACUGUUAGUAAUUAUUUUGCUAUUAAAUAAAACUGUCUGAUAGUAAUUUUACAGUAGUAUAUACCAGUUUCAAAUUACAUUUUUUUUUUUUUAAAUGAACGUUAUAAGAAAAAUGAUUUUAAAUAUUAAUGUUUGUGUAUUAUAUAAAACUAUAUUUUAAUUCCAUUUUAAUAUACAUUUCUAACUGACUCGGAGACCGUUAAUUACUCAGCUUUAGUCAAUUAAAACAUAUCCUUAAAGUAAUAAUAAAUAAGACAUAGUUGAAUUAAAAACAAAUUGUUUUUAAGUUAAUACAUAUAUAAACGUUAAAAUCCUGCU